CAGGAGCGGCCGCCGCUAGCUGCGCCCUGCCCGGGACGGACGCCGGGCCGCCCCGUCACGUGCGCCCAAGUCCUCGGCCGGCCGGGGCAGCGCCGUUCCCAUGGUUCAAGGCUGUUGAUGGAGAAGGGGGCGGAUGACAGCCGGGACGGUGGUCAUCACUGGGGGCAUCUUGGCGACUGUGAUCCUGCUCUGUAUCAUCGCUGUUCUGUGCUACUGCCGGCUCCAGUACUACUGCUGCAAGGAAGACUCGGAGGAGGACGAGGAGGAGCCUGACUUCGCCGUGCACUCGAACCCGCCCCCGCUGCCCUGCGGCCGCAGCCUGGUGCUCACCAACGGGCCGGCGCUCUACCCAGCCGCCUCCACCUCCUUCAGCCAGAAGACCCCGCAGGCCCGCACCCUCUGCCGCAGCUGCUCCCACUACGAGCCGCCCGCCUUCUUCCUGCAGGAGCCGGAGGACGAGGAGGUGCGCAACGGCGGCGAGCGCGUGGCCUGCCAGAGCGCCAGCCGGGAGGACGCGGAGCCGCCGCCCGGGGGCUUCGGGGGCCUGCAGGCGCUCAACCCCAACCGCCUCUCGGCCAUGCGGGAGGCCUUCUCCCGGAGCCGCAGUGUCAGCACCGACGUCUGAGCGGCCCCGCCCGCCCGCCGGGCCCCCAGACCAUGGUGGGGCCCCCGGGACGCGCCGGCCUGGCCCCGGGCCAGGACCAGGGCUCGGCCCGGCCCUCCGCGCCUCCCUGUCCCCACGGGGGCCGGCCCGGGAGCUCCGCGGCUCACUGCAGGGGUAGCGCCCAGUGAGCACAGGGUGGCCCCCUGGGGUAGGGGUCGCAGGGCCUGGGCUCGAAGGCAGGCGGGCACAGGUGGGCUCCCAGGCGUCAGUCCGCAGGGCAAGGCAGGGCUCUGGGGCCUCAACGCCAGGCUCCUGACGCUGAAGCUGCCGUCCAGCAAAGCUGCAGGGGAAGUGGCCUCCGUCUCAGCCCCGGCAACUUGGCCAUCGCUGGCUGUGAGGCCCGGCCCUGGCCCCCUCCCUGGGCCUCAGCCGCGAUGCCACGGGCCCCGACCAUAGCGCAAGCCCUCCCUGGCGAUCUCGCAGACCAAGGAUUCAGUUCCAGAAUGGAGGGGGGAGGGGCACCCCACCCUCCCGCUCCCGCGCACAUCCUUGGCCUCAGGUGCCAAGCUGCCGAGGCGCGCUGUGGGCUGGCCUUCCUGCAGAUGUCCUAGACGAGUUUCAGGGGCACCCUGGCCCUCGGGUUUCACAGCCCCCACUGGCUUUUUGGUGAAAGAGGGAGGCACAGAGGGAGGAGGAGGCCACGGGACAACCACCUGCCGCAGGAGAGUCCGCGCGGCCCCAUUCCGAAGCCCAGGUGUGGCGGGAUGGACAGCGCGGGGAUCAGGACCUAACAGACCCACGUUCUCCCCAUGAGGCCUGCAACAGGCCCUCCCACCCCCCGGGCCUCAGCAUCCAGAGCCCUUCAAGCAACCUGGUCCCCAGGGGAGACCGACCCAACCUCUCCCACCGGCCGUUUCCCAGGAGGAUGUGGGAGCAGGCCCCCGGCGCCCGCUCUCACUCCACGUAAGACCUCGGCUGAGCCCGCCCCCCACCAAGCUCGCAGCAGGGCCGAGGGCUCCCUGGGAGCCCCCUCUCCAGCUCCCCCCCUCUGCUGGGGAAGUGAUGCUCAAUGGCCACCCCAGAGAAGUGACCCGGCCAGGGGAACGCAGCUCCCCCACCGGCCAGAGGCGGUAUCUCCUCCUGCACAGCAGGGCCCCGGGGGUAGUUGAGCUGCUUGCUGCCCGCCAGGCGCUGGGCUAAGCCACCUUCCUAAAAGACAAAGCAGCCUUUGACGGUCCCUGAGCCGAGGACAGCUGAGCACCUGCCUCUCUCCGAAUGCCCCAGAGUCGUCUGGACGUGAGCAGAGUUAGGGUGGACUUACUAUUUUCAGCUUUCUCCGUUACGUUCUCCUUCCUCUCGCCUCCCGCCUCGGUUUGGACGCGCUAAUGGAACCCAGGCCCAGCCUCCCGCAGCCCCAGCUCUCGCCUUUGUGGAACCCCAUGAGUUGUUUUGCGCAUUUGCUUGGGGGGGGUGGGCUGGGGUGGGGGGCGAGCACCAGGAGGUGGCACUUCCUGUAGCUGUUCUGUUCCGGUUUCCUGUUUCCUUCUCUGGUCUCUGUUCUCUGUAUAGAUCCAUAGAUCCACUUAAAACGAGACGAGCACCCAUCCCUGUGCGUUCACGCAGCUGCCCUGUGGGGACCCGCGGGGAGCUACAUGCUCCCUGAGAAAAGAGAAAGCCAAUAAAACUCUCCAGCACCACCGUC